AGACCGGGCGCCGCGGCGGCGGCAGCGGCGGAGAAGGGAGCGGGACCGGAAGGGUCGCAGCGCCCCGGCGCCCCUCACACCCACUGCGGCGGCGGCGGCGGGGCGGAGCGGAGCGGGGCGGGCCGGCGGCGGAGCCGGGGCCGCGGAGCCAGGAGUGACUAGCACGCAGCGCCGCCAGUCCGCCCGCCCGCCCUCUCCCCGUGGCGCGGCGGCGGGGAGGCGAGGAAUGUUAUAUGCAUGGAGUUAUACAGGAUGUGACUUUUUGAGAUUGGCUUUUUUCGUUGACUAUCCUGCCCCUGAGAUCCACCCAAGUUGUGGGAUCUGAAACUUGCCCACCCUUCGGGAUAUUGCAGGACGCUGCAUCAUGAGUGACAGUAAAUGUGACAGUCAGUUUUACAGUGUGCAAGUGGCAGACUCAACCUUCACUGUCCUAAAACGUUACCAGCAGCUGAAACCAAUUGGCUCUGGGGCCCAAGGGAUUGUUUGGCGCCAUCAUUGCAGUGCCUUGCCAUUCAUUGGCAGGAUGAGGCCAGUCAGUGUCAUUGUCACUCCAUGGAUUAACCAGGAAGGGAUGCUGUGUGAGGGGUUGGGCUGGCCGUCUCUUCCUUGGUGUCUCACUUCAACUGUGUGUCCAGCCCAGAACGUCAGAAUCGUUAGUCUGACCCUGAACGUUAGUCUCUUGCAUGGUAAGACGGUCAGCCGCCGCGGCAUCACGGGCCAGCUCAAGUGCUGCAUUUGAUACAGUUCUUGGGAUAAAUGUUGCAGUCAAGAAACUAAGCCGUCCUUUUCAGAACCAAACUCAUGCAAAGAGAGCUUAUCGUGAACUCGUCCUCUUAAAAUGUGUCAAUCAUAAAAAUAUAAUUAGUUUGUUAAAUGUGUUUACACCACAAAAAACUCUAGAAGAAUUUCAAGAUGUGUAUUUGGUUAUGGAAUUAAUGGAUGCUAACUUAUGUCAGGUUAUUCACAUGGAGCUGGAUCAUGAAAGAAUGUCCUACCUUCUUUACCAGAUGCUUUGUGGUAUUAAACAUCUGCAUUCAGCUGGUAUAAUUCAUAGAGAUUUAAAGCCUAGCAACAUUGUUGUGAAAUCAGACUGCACCCUGAAGAUCCUUGACUUUGGCCUGGCCCGGACAGCGUGCACUAACUUCAUGAUGACCCCUUAUGUGGUGACACGGUACUACCGGGCGCCCGAAGUCAUCCUGGGUAUGGGCUACAAAGAGAACGUUGAUAUCUGGUCAGUGGGUUGCAUCAUGGGAGAGCUGGUGAAAGGUUGUGUGAUAUUCCAAGGCACUGACCAUAUUGAUCAGUGGAAUAAAGUUAUUGAGCAGCUGGGAACACCAUCAGCAGAGUUCAUGAAGAAACUUCAGCCAACUGUGAGGAAUUAUGUCGAAAACAGACCAAAGUAUCCUGGAAUCAAAUUCGAAGAACUCUUUCCAGAUUGGAUAUUCCCAUCAGAAUCUGAGCGAGACAAAAUAAAAACAAGUCAAGCCAGAGAUCUGUUAUCAAAAAUGUUAGUGAUUGAUCCUGACAAGCGGAUCUCUGUAGAUGAAGCUCUGCGUCACCCAUACAUCACUGUUUGGUAUGACCCUGCCGAAGCAGAAGCCCCACCACCUCAAAUUUAUGAUGCCCAGUUGGAAGAAAGAGAACAUGCAAUUGAAGAAUGGAAAGAGCUAAUUUACAAAGAAGUCAUGGAUUGGGAAGAAAGAAGCAAGAAUGGUGUUGUAAAAGAUCAGCCUUCAGAUGCAGCAGUAAGUAGCAACGCCACUCCUUCUCAGUCUUCAUCGAUCAAUGACAUUUCAUCCAUGUCCACUGAGCAGACGCUGGCCUCAGACACAGACAGCAGUCUUGAUGCCUCGACGGGACCCCUUGAAGGCUGUCGAUGAUAGGUUAGAAAUAGCAAACCUGUCAGCAUUGAAGGAACUCUCACCUCCGUGGGCCUGAAAUGCUUGGGAGUUGAUGGAACCAAAUAGAAAAACUCCAUGUUCUGCAUGUAAGAAACACAAUGCCUUGCCCUACUCAGACCUGAUAGGAUUGCCUGCUUAGAUGAUAAAAUGAGGCAGAAUAUGUCUGAAGAAAAAAAGUGCAAGCCACACUUCUAGAGAUUUUGUUCAAGAUCAUUUCAGGUGAGCAGUUAGAGUAGGUGAAUUUGUUUCAAAUUGUACUAGUGACAGUUUCUCAUCAUCUGUAACUGUUGAGAUGUAUGUGCAUGUGACCACAAAUGCUUGCUUGGACUUGCCCAUCUAGCACUUUGGAAAUCAGUAUUUAAAUGCCAAAUAAUCUUCCAGGUAGUGCUGCUUCUGAAGUUAUCUCUUAAUCCUCUUAAGUAAUUUGGUGUCUGUCCAGAAAAAGUCGAUUUAUGUGUAUUAAUUGGCCAUCAUGAUGUUAUCAUAUCUUAUUCCCUUUUAUGCUAUGAUUUAUUCUAUCUUUUGUAUUUCAGAAGACAUAUAAUUAAAUCUAUUUAAUAAAUAAAAGUAUAUAGCUUUUCUUAGAUUCGUGAUGUUUGGGGCUGAGAAUUAUCACGGCUAAAACCAAGACACUUAUGUGGACAUCUUAUUUUCUUUAAACUGUUGUCUGGGAUGAUUGUACAUUCAGCUUUACUGCACGAUACAAUUUUAAGUUUUGCUUAGUGCUGCUUGAAAUCCUAGCUACUUUAUCUCUUUUCUUCUUGGUCUUCUAGACUUCUUAUGAAUUUAAAAUGCUACCUAGAACUUCACCUUCUUUAUUAGGUGCGUAACACUCCAUCUUAAUUAAAUAUGAUGGCAGAUAGGUUCCUGCAUCCAUGGCCUAACGUUGGAGUAGAAUUUUACAAAAUGCUCACUAGAGAUCACUGCAGUCAUUUCCUAAGUGCUUCCUUUGCCAGAGACUGGCCUGGGUCCUUUACUUACCUUCCCUCGUUCACUUUCCCUCGGCCAAUACCACGUGCUUGAUUUUCUUUCUUCACUGGAAGAAAGCAGAUAAACUCCUCUUUGGUCUGUUUUCAGAGGCCAGGCUGAUUCAGAUGCCUGUUGCUAUUGUUGCUCUCCAUUGUUGGGAGGCAUUCCUUUUCACAAGAAUGUUCUGGGAAACUCUUCAGAGGACGUGAAGGAAAUACCCUGAAGAGUCAUGAUUAACUAUUGACUAUUCUCUGAUUUAAAACUGCUCACCUGAAAUUGAUACUUUUAGACUUUACGAUCAGUAAAGUAUUCAGAAUUCGUGAAGAUGCUGAGUGUGUUAAGUGUCACUGCAGGAGCGGAGCUGUGGGGAUCACGUUUUGCCUGCCUGUGCCCAUGUCUCUUCCCUUGAGCUUAUUCUGUUGCUGAUUCAUAUCUUGUGUUCAAUUUUCUUGGAAGCUUUUCAGUCGACAUUCUGUAGAGUGUGUUCUGAGGAGGAACUGUGAUAAGAAAGUUUAUUAUAAAUAUUAUCUAAAAUAUAUGGCUCUCUCUGCACCAGUUAUAUCUUAUUGGUUGGUCAUAUCACUGGAAACUGGAACCCUUGAUUAGCAAAAUUAAUAUUGAAAUAAGAAAUAGUUAUUUUAUAUUGUGUCAUUUGGACACUUUCAAGUACAAAAUGGUAAUAAUAACUUGGAUUGAGGCGGAAACACCUAUUUUAUGGCUAUCUAUCUAAACAUCUUAAAAUGGCCUUCUCUGUGAUACACUUUCUUUUAAAAGACUUCACUAAAUCUAUCUUUAAAAGGAAAAACAAAAGGGAGAGGUUGAAAAUGCGCAAGCUGCCCUGCACUGUGUGAUGCUCCCUCCCCGGGAGACGUGGACGGGGGACGAGGCACCCGCAGACGCCCUUCUGCUCACUCGCUCCUCUGUGCAUUCAGCGAGCCACUUGCCACAGAUGGAGCCCGUGACGGUGUGGAGGGUUUCCUGGAAAGGCCAUCUUCCACCAGGUAGAGGCGAGCGUGCCUAGGACAGGCCACAGGGCUCCACAGAAAUACCUCACCCCAGCUUCAGGGUUCUCUCUCCUGAGCCUAGAUUUGCCAGGGUCUUGGUGCCACGCAAAUGGUUUCAAACUGAUCUCUAUGGAUAAAUGCUGAUGUUGGUUAAAGAACUGAAAAAUGUGCUCAACUGUCUCAUCUUUUCUAUUUUAUUUUUGUAAUUUAUAUUGUACACAACCCAGGAAGUAACUAUUUUGGACAUGUAUUUUUAUAAACCAGGUAAUUUACUAUUAUCCUGGAAUUUAGACUAGGUCUGUUUCAUUUGUUGACUUAGUUUCCAGCCAAGAAGGAAACGACUGUCUCCCCCAUGUCCAGGUCUCAGUUUCAAGGGCAGAGUCCAGAGAGCAGACAGAGUUGUGUGCGAGCAGGAGAGCAGUCUGGAAACCCUGGCUGUGCACACCGUGUCAGCCGUGGGCCUGGAGAUGGGAGCAGGUGAGACCCAGAGCCCCAGUACUGAGAGGAGGAAGCCCUCUUACGGGGCCCCUUGCCCACCCCAAGGCCGUGUCCGAAACACGGAGCGGGUGCUGCUUCAACCCGCAUUUAACGCUGUGUAAGUCGCGAUAACCACGUCCGAGUCUGUCUGGUUGAUUUCUAAUGUGACUCCUCUGGUAUUUCCUCCUGGUAAUAAAUACAAGUGUGACCUUUCAGAUUGCAUAUCUCAAAAGUAACAUUGCUAAUGUUUUAUAAUAAAAUAUAUUAUGUGUGUUUUGGUUGGUGAAAAUAAUACAGACUACAUUUUAAAAGAUAAA